UGGUACCGAGAUUCAACUUAAGUCUCUUGUAAGAUAGAGAAGCGACAGACUGUGAGGGGUACAGAUCCGGGUCGUUACACUGGGUCAGAACUCAGGGAGAAAAUAGUUAGUUAAAAGUAAGUCUUGAAAGCUUCUAACACGCUUGGCUAAGCCAUAAAACUGUUGGAAAUAAGUGGGUAUAAGUCGAGAGAAGUUUUGAAAAGGAUGAAACAACAGAGUAAUGCAACAUUCAGCCAAGCUUCUCCGGUUCCUACACUCGUCAAUUUUCACCACUAGCGAGAGAGCAGCAGAACAGAAUUGCCUCUCUCUUCUCCAACUCUGCAACUCUCUGCCAAAACUCACUCAAUUUCAUGCUCACCUUGUCAAAGUUGGUCUCCAUGCUAACCCUUUAGUCCUCACCAAGUUCACCCACGUUUCCUCUCAUCUCAAUGCCGUUCACUAUGCUUCCUCUGUCAUUUUCUCCCCAGAACCCACUUCCCAGUGUUAUGAUACCUUCCUUUUCAACACCCUCAUCAAAGCAUAUGCAGAGACUAAUAAUUCUAAGCACACUGCUAUACAUUACUACACAUUUAUGCUUAGCUGCGGGAUUAGGCCUAAUAAGUAUACAUACCCUUUUGUUCUUAAGGCCUGUGCUGGCAUUAUGGACUUGCGUUUAGGCCAAGCGGUUCAUGGAUCAGUUGCGAGACUUGGGUUUUGUUAUGAUACUCAUGUUCUGAACACUUUGGUUCAUAUGUAUUGUAGUUGUGAAAAUGGAAUUGAUUUUGGUGAGAAGUUGUUUGAUGAAAUGCCCAAGUGUGAGCCAGUUUCUUGGAGCGUGAUGAUUGGUGGGUUCGUGCGGUGGGGGAUGUCGAGUGAAGCUGUCAGCUUGUUUAGGAGAAUGCAGAUUGCUGGAGUGAAGCCCGAUGAGUUUACUAUGGUGAUGGUACUGUCAGCAUGCACAGAUAUGGGUGCACUUGAACUUGGAAGGUGGGUAGAGUCUUAUGUCGAGAAGGAGAAGAUUGAAAAGACCUCAGAGCUUUGUAAUGCACUAAUCGACAUGUAUGCAAAGUGUGCUGAUAUUGAUAAGGCAUUGAGGUUGUUUAGGAACAUGAGCAAAAGUAAGAGGACAACUGUUUCUUGGACUUCGAUGAUUGUUGGCAUGGCGAUGCAUGGCCGUGGUUUGGAAGCAGUUUCAUUGUUUGAGGAGAUGAGACGAGCCGGAGUGGCUCCGGAUGAUGUUGCAUUCAUUGGUUUGCUCAAUGCUUGUAGUCAUUCUGGUUUAGUUAAGGAGGGGAAGCGUUAUNUACUAGACUUAAAAUUGAAUUUGUCCAUCACACCACAAAUAUGGAAUAUCUUCCUUUCUCACUAUGGAUGUAUGGUUGAUUUGUUAAGCAGGGCUGGACAAGUGAAAGAGGCUAUGGAAUUUGUACAUAGAAUGCCUAUUGAACCAAAUCCUGUAAUUUGGAGAACUUUAAUCACUGCUUGCCGUGUUCACAGUGAGCUGAAUCUUGGUGAAAGAAUAACUAAGGAGCUUAUCACAGAUGAACCGAUGCACGACUCCAAUUACGUGCUACUUUCCAAUAUUUAUGCUAAAAUGUUGAACUGGGAAAUGAAAAGCACAGUAAGGGAAGUGAUGGAGAAGAAGGGGAUUAGCAAGGUACCUGGGAGCACUAUGAUUGAGCUUGAUGAUGGAAUUUAUGAGUUCAUUGCAGGCGAUAAAAGUCACGGCCAAGACGAAAAGAUUUACGAGAUGGUGGAUGAAAUGGAGAAAGAGAUGAAAAGAGCUGGAUAUAUCACUACAACAUCAGAUGUGUUACUUGAUAUUGAUGAAGAAGACAAGGAGGGUGCUUUGAAUAGGCACAGUGAAAAGUUGGCUAUUGCUUUUGCACUCCUUAAAACACCUCGUGGAACGACUAUUCGAAUAGUCAAGAAUUUACGAGUUUGCACAAAUUGCCACACUGCGACUAAGUUCAUAUCUAAUAUAUAUAAUCGAGAAAUAUUGGUACGAGACAGAAACCGCUUUCACCAUUUCAAAGAUGGGUUUUGCUCGUGUAAAGACUUCUGGUAGCAAGUUGAGUUUCAUUUCAUUUCAAGUGAUGAUUAAUAGCUCUGUCUUGUUAACUUAUCUUGAAUUGUAAAAGUCACAUACCUUAGGCACAUACCCCUAGCCUGUUAAAACAUUACCACUUGAGAUAGUCACAGAUCUUAGGCCCAGUUAUAAUUCAUCUGGGAGUUGAUAUGGAUCUGGCCCGAUGAAGAAUCGACUCAUUUUGGCUCCAUUCAAUAUAUAUAUAUCCAAAUCCAAGCCCAGGCCGAGAUCUCAACCAUAUUAAUCAACUUACAUGCCCAUAUCAACAAGAAUCGGCAUCAGUGCUUUAUCCAUAUCACCGAUGACCGAUAAGCACUGCAUAUUAAUAACAAUACUUUAUUUAGGGCUGGACAAAACUCCCGAUCCGA